AUAAGUAAGAGAGACUUCUAUCCUAUGUUUAUGGCUGCCUGGGAGGCCUCGUUCAAGAAAGAGACUAUACUCAAGGCUUUUGAGGCAGCUGGCCUCUCACCUCUCAACCCAGAGAAAAGCCUUCUUACACACGAGGCUCAAGGCCUUAUGCAAGCUCUUAUCAAUGAGAGGCAGCGUAGAAAGCGAGGCAAGGCUCUGCCUCUAGAGGCAGAGGAGGAGUAUCACGGUGGAGCUAAAUUCUGGUCCCCAAGGAAGAGAGCUGAGGCAGCUCGCCUACGUGAAGUGAAGAAACAGGAGAAGCUUCAGGCAGCUCAACAGAAGCGUGCAGCAAGGGCAGCAACUCAAAUAAUAAGGCAAGAGGAGAAGGCUCGUAAGGCUGCU